UUAAAUGUCAUGCCUUGGCACUGAGGAGCAUGAGACUCAGAUAUUGAGCCCAGGAAGUUUUGACUAGGCCAGGCUGUGCAGGAAAGGAAUGAAACCAGCAGGACAUCAAAGUCCAGCCUGCUGAGAACCAACAGUAACAGAUGAUCAAGGAGCUAGCAGCAAUGGAGCCUGGAGCUUCAAGGAAUGGAGUCAGAGCUGAGACAACAACACACCCAGCCCUGGGCUCUGGAGUCAGCCUACACACCUAUGACAUCGUGGUGGUGGUCAUCUACUUUGUCUUUGUCCUUGCUGUGGGAAUUUGGUCAUCCAUUCGUGCAAGUCGAGGGACCAUUGGUGGUUAUUUCCUUGCUGGGAGAUCCAUGACCUGGUGGCCAAUCGGAGCAUCUCUGAUGUCCAGCAAUGUGGGCAGUGGCUUAUUCAUUGGCCUGGCUGGAACAGGGGCUGCUGGAGGCCUUGCUGUCGGUGGCUUCGAGUGGAAUGCAACCUUCCUGCUUCUGGCCCUGGGCUGGAUCUUUGUCCCUGUGUACAUCGCAGCUGGUGUGGUCACCAUGCCACAGUACCUGAAGAAACGAUUUGGGGGACAGAGGAUCCAGGUGUACAUGUCAGUGCUGUCCCUUAUCAUCUACAUCUUCACCAAGAUAUCGACGGAUAUCUUCUCUGGAGCCCUCUUCAUCCAGAUGGCCUUGGGCUGGAAUCUUUAUCUCUCCACAGUCAUCUUGCUGGUGGUGACAGCUGUCUAUACCAUUGCAGGGGGCCUCACAGCUGUGAUCUACACAGAUGCUCUACAGACUGUGAUCAUGGUAGGAGGAGCCCUGGUCCUCAUGUUUCUCGGCUUUCGGGAGGUCGGCUGGUACCCAGGCCUGCAGCAGCUCUAUAGACAGGCUAUCCCCAAUGCCAUAGUUCCCAACACCACCUGUCACCUCCCACGACCUGAUGCCUUCCACAUGCUUCGAGAUCCUGUGAAUGGGGACAUCCCCUGGCCAGGUCUCAUUUUUGGCCUCACAGUCUUGGCCACCUGGUGUUGGUGCACAGACCAGGUGAUUGUGCAGAGGUCUCUCGCGGCCAAGAGUCUUUCACAUGCCAAGGGAGGCUCGGUGUUAGGGAGCUACCUAAAGAUCCUCCCAAUGUUCUUCAUUGUCAUGCCUGGCAUGAUCAGCAGGGCCCUGUACCCAGAUGAAGUUGCCUGUGUGGACCCUGACAUCUGUCAAAGAGUUUGUGGGGCCAGAGUUGGAUGCUCCAAUAUUGCCUACCCCAAGCUGGUUAUGGCUCUCAUGCCUGUGGGGCUCCGAGGCCUGAUGAUUGCUGUGAUCAUGGCCGCCCUCAUGAGCUCACUCACCUCCAUCUUCAACAGCAGUGGCACCCUGUUUGCCAUGGAUGUGUGGCAGCGCUUCCGCAGGCAGGCAUCCGAGCAAGAGCUGAUGGUGGUAGGCAGGUUGUUCGUAGUCUUCCUGGUACUCAUCAGCAUCCUCUGGAUCCCCAUCAUCCAGAGCUCCAAUAGCGGGCAGCUCUUUGACUACAUCCAAUCUAUCACCAGCUACCUAGCCCCACCCAUCACAGCCCUCUUCCUUCUGGCCAUCUUCUGCAAGAGGGUCACUGAGCCUGGUGCCUUCUGGGGCCUCAUGUUUGGCCUGGUAGUGGGAAUGCUGCGUAUGAUUCUGGAGUUUUCAUACCCGGCCCCAGCCUGUGGGGAGGUGGACAAGAGGCCAGCUGUUCUGAAGGACGUCCACUACCUGUACUUUGCCCUCCUCCUCUGUGGACUUACCGCGAUCAUCAUUGUCACAAUCAGCUUCCUCACGGACCCCAUCCCCGAUGAAAAGCUUGCUCGCCUGACAUGGUGGACAAGGAACUGUCCCAUAUCUGACCUGCAGAAGAAAGCCUCUGUGAGUGUGAACAAGACAGAGGGUGAUAACUCUCCAGGACUGGCAAAGAGGCCAGUGGUAGAGGGCCCUGCAGGAGACGGGGAAGAAGCAAACACCACCCAGGGGCCUGAACAACCAGGAGCCCUACACAGGUCUUGGGGAAAAUGGCUGUGGAACUGGUUCUGCGGACUCUCGGAGGCCCCACAGCAAGCCCUGAGCCCAGCUGAGAAGGCUGUGCUGGAGCAGAAGUUGACCAGCAUCCAGGAGGAGCCUCUCUGGAGAUGUGUCUGCAAUAUCAACGCCAUCGUCCUGCUGGCCAUCAACAUCUUUCUCUGGGGCUAUUUUGCGUGACUCCACAGACUAGGAUUUAUUUGAAAUGAGAAAAAAAAAAAAAAAAUCCCUGAACCCUGGUCAGUCCCCAAGACCAGAGGCAGGCUCUCUUUCCAACUUGCUGUGCUAACUGCAGACUAUAGAGGCUGAGCGUGAAAGAGCCCGUGUGGAGCAUCCAGUCCUAUAUGCUUGUCAAGUGAAGAUAUGAAGGGCUAGAGCUAUCACUAGGAUCCCCCAGGGUUCCACAGUAGGACUCACACUGGGUCUCCAACUCCAACCCCAACUCUCUCCCUACUAUACUGCUCUGUAAUCCUACCUCAGAAAAAUUGUCCCCUCAGUUUAUUCAACAAUCUUCAUUGUAUGUAUAUCUUCUGGUUAGACACAUAGUAAGAAAAUGGGUAGAGAAUUUUAUAAUAAAUUAUCCAUGUACACUGGGUUUCCCAUUUCUCUUACCCUUGUUCCCUUCCUGCUUCCUGUCUCCCUCUGUUUUGGCCUCUUUGACUCUCAGCAAGAUGAGUCCAGUGAGCAGGGUCUUAUUAUGGCAUUGGUUGCCAUUGUGCCUGCUAAUCUCCUAAGAAUGAAGAGCACAGGUAAGAUGACAGGUAUGGAGGCAAGUGCUCCAAGACCAGAUCCUCCUUGGCACAGCUCUAAUUCUGCUUCUGCCCCAACACCUUCUCCACAUCCUAGGAACUUAGAGUCCAGCUGGAGGGAGAAAAUGUGUUGAAAACAACAUGAAUCAAAAAGCCCUAGGGAGCAGGAAGACAGCCUGGGAUGGGCACACAAGGCCUUUAUCCCUCUACCUUUACUUGCCAAGACUCCUUUCCUGAAAUAUAUCUGAGACUGUGUCCUUGAACAACUUCCCAGGACGGUUUCCAAAUGCCUCACACUGGGUCAAGGUCCCACUCAGCCAGCCCCCACAAUGCAUACACUGUCCUGUAGUGCUGUCUCCCUUGUAGAUGGUGCAUGCCUAGAAGCAGGGAUCAAUGGUGAUAGUCAACCUGACUUUGUGCCUAUCAACAAAAGAAGCCAAUAGAUGCUUGUUGGAUUCUCACGAUCUUCCAUGCCCUGUGCCUUUUGCUCUCUGGAUGGUGGGGAAGAGAGUUGUGGAGUUGGCUUCUGGAGAAGAGACUCCUUCAGGUAUCAGAAGCAGCUGAGUCUCAGGCAUUUAGGCUGAAUGGUACAGAUGCAGCUGAGACUGACCCUUCUCCCUCUCCUCUGCCUCUGGUCCUCUGCAAUGUACUUUCGAUCACCACGUCAAUGAUUGUUCAUUGUAACUGAAGACAAAUAAAACUCCAUUUCAUUGACCUGCAGACGCAGCUACAUCUCUGAACCUCCCCUCUUAUAGGUGCCUCCAAAUUUUUCUUUCAGUAACUUGCUGACCUCACUGAUCCUUUGAAUCAGAGAAUGCCCUAAGUCGGUACAUCUGAGAAGCUGUACUCUCCAGCAGUGUACUGUAAGAAUCAGGACAUUUCUAAUUCAGCUCUUAUAAUGAGGUACAAGAUAGUGUAGAGGCAAGAGCCCCAUGGUGGGAGUCAGGGCACCUGAAUUCUGCUCCCAGCUCUCCGGAUCUGAAUAAACAAGAGAAUUUUAAAAACAAACUACUUGUUCAUGGGAUGAUGAGGUUGUGAGUGGAGACAGAGUCAAAAGCAAACAAUAAGAUGGUGUGGCCAGAAGCUUAUGGGUGAAUGUCAGCCCUGAAAAGAACCUCUAGGGAAAAAAAAGAAGCCUUCGGUGGGGUUGGGACACAGUUAAAAUCCUACAGGGAGUCAGCAGUUACCAAGGUCCAUUGAGAAAAAAGAUGUUGCAAAGGUGAUGACCACGUCAGCUUUGACAUAGGUGGAUGCAUUGAACCAUGGGGUUAGCCUGGCCUAGCUGCCUUGAGAGGCCUGAGCCAUGGGUUUCUCAGGGUAGAGUCCAGGGUUUCUGGUACAUGAUGUACCUUCCAUUUACUGAGAGACUGAGGCACUCCCUCAGGCAGUAAAGCUUUCAGGCUGCUUUACGUUUCUCUGUAUGUUCCCUUGGAAGUUGAGGAAGCGCAGAAGCCUGACAGGACAAUUGGUUUUAGACAUUAAUUUUAUGUACACUGUAAAGUUUACAAAUAUUAUUGUAUCCUGGCAACAACAACUAUAUUGAUCCUUUUUCAGGAUAAAGGUAUAAAAAGUCUAAUUGCUUUCAAUAAAACUAUCACAGCCUCAGUCUUGCUGUGGCCCCUC